AGGGCGGUCGGUGUGACUCGAUGGCACACAGCGGCUCGGAUGCGACUGCCAAGUGUCAUCCUCCUGCCAGCAGCCCGACCUGAGCUCACCGCAUCGCCGCUUUGACACUGACUGAAUCCCUCCCGGGGAAGAAGAAGAGGAAGAGUAGGAGGAGGAAGGGGGACAGCCUUGUGUUUCCCCGUCACAGUGAUCUGAACAGUGGGGAAGCUCAGACUCGGGAUCCGCUACGUCAAACAGAUUAGUCAAAUAACCUCUCGGGGUAGGACAUACCUCCCUCCUUGGGCUUGCCUGGCUGCAUGCAUGCACUGAGGAAGCAAGACAGUCUGACAAAGAGCCAGGAAGCCCUCGGCGAAAUACAGAAGUGCACUACUUUUCUUUUUCUUUUUUCUUUCUGUGUCUGGGUGAGACGACAGUGGUGGUGGUGGUGGUGGUGAUCCUCCAGCUUCUUCUUCUUCUUCUUCUCUCCCCACCCCUGGUGCGAAAUGGCGAAAGAAAACGGCGAGUCCAGCGAUGGAUCUUGGAAAAAGCAUGUCGAUGAUAUCAAGAAGAUAUUUGACUUCAAGGAAGUCCUUGGCACGGGCGCGUUCUCUGAGGUGGUGAUGGCUCGGGAGAAGACCACGGGAAAGAUGGUGGCAAUCAAGUGCAUCCCGAAAAAAGCGCUGAAGGGGAAGGAGUCGAGCAUCGAAAAUGAAAUCGCUGUGCUUAGGAAGAUAAAGCAUGAGAACAUUGUGGCUCUGGAGGACAUCUAUGAGAGCUCAAACCACCUGUACCUCAUAAUGCAGCUGGUGUCUGGAGGCGAGCUGUUCGAUCGCAUCGUGGAGAAAGGUUUCUACACAGAGAUGGACGCCAGUCGGCUCAUUCGGCAGGUUUUGGAUGCAGUCAACUAUCUGCACUCUAUGGGCAUCGUGCACAGAGACCUGAAGCCGGAGAACCUGCUGUAUUUCAGUCCCCACGAUGAAUCAAAGAUAAUGAUCAGUGACUUUGGCUUGUCAAAGAUGGAGGGAACAGGUGACGUGAUGGCAACCGCCUGUGGGACUCCAGGAUACGUGGCUCCUGAGGUUUUAGCUCAGAAGCCCUACAGUAAAGCUGUGGACUGCUGGUCUAUUGGGGUCAUCGCUUAUAUCCUGCUGUGCGGUUACCCUCCUUUCUAUGACGAGAAUGAUUCGAAGCUCUUUGAGCAGAUUCUCAAGGCAGACUAUGAGUUUGAUGCACCGUACUGGGACGACAUAUCAGACUCAGCCAAAGACUUCAUCAGCUGCCUAAUGGAGAAGGACCCGGAGAAGAGAUUCGAAUGUGACCAGGCUCUUCAGCACCCUUGGAUUGCCGGAGACACAGCUCUCUGCAAGAACAUACAUGAAUCAGUCAGUCGACAGAUGCGGAAAAACUUUGCCAAAAGCAAAUGGAGGCAAGCCUUUAAUGCCACGGCUGUGAUCCGCCACAUGAGGCGCUUGCAGCUGGGCACCAGCUUUGGCAGCAACAUUCACAACAGCAACUCCAUGUCCAACCCUCAGAGCCGUGCUCCGGCCAAGAGCCAGUCUGUGGACUGCGCCCCACUCUCCCUGAAGGACUGUCCUCCAAUAGCACCUUUGCCCUCCACUGUUCAAGUGUACAGUCAGGACUCUGAUGCCUCCUCUCCUGUACGAGAAGAACCGUCUGUGGUGGCCGAGCCAUCGCGGCCACGACCCUCCACUGUUACGGUCAUCCACACUGGGACUAAAUGACGCCAGGUUCCGCGGGAGGUGAGCUGGGAGACCACUGAGCUUUGAGAGACGGGAUUCAAUAAUCCCGGGCCUCAAUGUCGUCGCCCAGUUUGCCCAUCCCGCAUCCUCCCAUCUGUUUCUGCUAACCACGGGAGGAAUUUGAGGAGCGUUGGCUCAGCUCCAUUUACCAUGGCUCAGCUAGGCACCCCGGCUGCUUCCCCCUGCCACUGUCACACCAGACCUGGAAGUACAGAGGGGGGAAGAUGCUCACCAGACGUUGUUAUUGUGGAAGCCAUGUUCAGGCUGGAUCAUGUUUGUGCGGCAGAUAAACAAGCAGCUGGGAAGUGCCACACUGAAGGGAACUCUUUAUUGAAGCUGCUAUCAGACUGUGAGCGUGUUGAGAGACGGACGCUCCACUGUAUGCCUUGUGUAAAUAUCCUGCGUGGAACUGUUGAGUGGAGUCGUGUUAUGCAAGUGAAAUAUAAGCUUCAAGCUGUGGUGAAAUAAUCGUGACAUCAUCUGCACUCUGAACUUCUUGUCGUUUCUUUGACAGCUCUUGUUAAUUUGCUGUGGUAUUUGCUACAAUGGCUCCCAACAGUGUGAUGGUAUGUGUUAUCUCUUUGCUUUAAAGUGUGCGGACGGGAAGUAUGAGCAGGACGAUUGGCUUCAAACACGGCAGUGAUCGCUGAGAGGGCUGGUGCUUUGCACUUAAUGUAUUGGAUUAUUUAUUUUCUUACAAUCUAUAAUGACUUUUGUAAGAAAUGUGUAAAUGUGUUAUUAGACUGGACUGAGAAGCUUUUUGUUUGGAUGAUAAAGACGCAGUAUCUAAAUAGA